AUGCCGCCUUCUCAUUCAAAGCCUCACGGCGUUGCUCCGAGGGACUUUUACGGGCAGCGUGGUCAGGGCCGCGUGCAGCGGCGUCAGCAGGGCCAGUACGGGCCGAUUCGGCCGCCGGUGGUCAUCCCUCCUCGACGUCCGGCGGGUGCGGCUGACUCUGGAGAUUCGCAGCCUGCUGCUGAUGCAUCUGCCGCUCCGACUGCUCCAUUGUCAUCUGGUGGUGCAUCUGAUUCUUCUGCUCCAUCUGCUGUUCCAGCUGGCACUUCUGCUGCGGGCGACGGCGCUCCAUCUGCUGUUGCAUCUGGCACUUCUGCUGCGGGCAACCGCGCUCCAUCUGCUGUCUCAUCUCCCACUUCUCCUGCGGCCGACGGCGCUGAGAUGGCAGCGGCAGUGACCGCAGAUGCUGGCCGAGUAGCGGCUGAGACAGCAGACCCGGGUCCAGCUGCGGAGGCGCCGGCGGCGGUGGAGCGGCCUUCUGCACCUUCUGCUGAACCUGCGCCGCCGUUUGAUGGUGCUGCUGAGGGCUGGCCCUUCGAGAAGCUGGCGGACAUCCGGGCCAGUGAGCAGCUGCCGUUUGGGUGGACAAAAGUCAAGCUGGAGGAUGAUCGGAUGUAUUACUUCAACUCCAAGGCCAAAGUCUGCUGCUGGCACAUGCCUCACGUGCUGGAUGAUUCUGGGAUUCCAGUAUCAUCCAUUUUGGUUGUCGCAGUGCAAAGGGGUUGA